AUGAGUACCCAGCCACACACUGUGACCAAGGCAGAGAUCCCUGGUCAUGUUCUUUACACCGUAGGAACAUGUGUGCUCAUUAUUGGCUCCAUUGGCAUCAUUGGAAACCUCCUAGUCCUCUAUGCAUUUUACAGCAACAAGAAGCUGAGGACUCCCCAAAACUACUUUAUAAUGAAUUUAGCUGUGAGCGACUUCCUGAUGUCGGCUUCUCAGGCACCCAUGUGCUUUGUCAACAGCUUGCACAGAGAAUGGAUACUUGGAGACAUAGGCUGUAACUUGUAUGCUUUCUGCGGGGCUCUCUUUGGGAUAACCUCGAUGAUGACCCUGCUGGCUAUCUCUGUGGACCGCUACCUGGUGAUCACAAAGCCCCUGCAGUCCAUCCAGUGGACUUCCAAGAGACGCACCGUGCAGAUCAUCGCCCUGGUGUGGCUCUACUCCCUGGGAUGGAGCGUGGCUCCGCUCCUCGGCUGGAGUUCCUAUGUGCCUGAGGGCUUGAUGAUAUCCUGUACGUGGGACUAUGUUACCUACUCCCCUGCAAACAGAAGCUACACCAUGAUUUUAUGCUGCUGUGUGUUUUUUAUCCCCCUGGUAAUAAUAUUCCACUGCUAUUUAUCGAUGUUCCUGGCCAUAAGGCGUACUGGCAGAGAUGUUGAAAAGCUGGGGUCCUGCAGCCGGAAAUCCUACCUCUCUCAGUCCAUGAAGAAUGAGUGGAAGCUGGCAAAAAUUGCUUUUGUGGUCAUCAUUGUGUUUGUCUUGUCCUGGUCUCCAUAUGCUUGUGUCACCUUGAUUGCCUGGGCAGGUCGAGGCAACAGUCUAACACCAUAUUCCAAAUCUGUGCCAGCAGUUAUUGCCAAAGCUUCUGCAAUCUACAACCCCAUCAUUUAUGCAAUAAUUCACCCAAGAUACAGAAAAACCAUCCACAAAGCUGUUCCCUGCUUGAGGUUCCUGAUACGAAUAUCAAAGAAUGACCUCCUGAGGGGAUCCAUAAAUGAGUCAUCCUUCAGGACCUCUCUCUGCAGCCACCACUCUCUUGCUGGCAGGACUAGGAGCACUUGUGUUUCCUCUGUUUCUACUGGAGAAGCUACCUGGAGCAAUGUAGAGCUUGACCCUGUGGAGCCAGCUCAAGAGAAGCUGAAGCCUCGCCGAAGUCAUUCUUUCUCCACAAGUCUGAGCCAAGAGAAGAGAGACCUGCUCCCAAAGACCUGCAGCUGCGAUGCAGCCGCUGCCCAAAAGGUUUCGCUCUCCUCCAGCUGUUUGGAGAAGGUGCUUGGGCAGCCUGUCCUACCCAGUCCUUCUGCACCACUCAUGACCAGCUCCCUGAGAGCAACUUCUCUGCCUGUCAGAUUGAAUAGCAGCAGUGUCACCAGUGGAGACUCAAGUACUUUCCAUAUGGCAACUCAAGGAAGUCAAGUGAAUGGAGUUGUGGAUUCUCUCACUAGCAAUGCAGUCCCUCGCAUCAUCAUCAUUCCUACCUCAGAGACCAGUCUGUUUCGGGAAGAACUGGAAGAGGAUGAGACUGAAUUAUUCCACUUUCAUGACAAAAAGGGCAAUCUGCUGGACUUGGAAGAGCUUAGCUCAUCCGUGGAGUUCCUUGAAGCUGUUGAGAAAUUUCUAUCCUAG